AUGGCCGCAAACAAGAUGGCAAACCUCAUCAACUACCGGAUGAGGGUGACUCUCAAUGACGGUCGCCAGAUGACCGGUCAGAUGCUUGCAUUUGAUAAGCACAUGAACCUUGUUCUCGCAGACACAGAAGAAUUCCGUCGUACAAAGAAGAAGUCGAAGCCCGCUGCCCCCGGAAGCGCCCCGCAGAUCGAAGCAGAAGAGAAGCGAACUCUCGGUCUGACUAUCGUGCGCGGAACUCAAGUUGUCUCGUGCUCGGUUGACGGCCCUCCUCCCGCCGACCCCUCUGCCCGCCUCGGUACCGCUGGACCCGGCGCCGCUGCGACGCUCGCUGCAGGCCCUGGUAUCAGCAAGCCUGCUGGCCGCGGUCUGCCCGUUGGACUCGGAGGCCCUGCUGCUGGUGUUGGUGGACCUCCUCCUCCUGGCGGCUUUGGCUUCCCUCCUGCUGGUUUCCCUGGCGCCCCUCCCCCAGGCUUUGCUCCGGGACGUGGAGGUCCUCCUGGCGGUCCUCCCGGUUUCGCUCCUCCUCCUGGAUUUGCUCCUCAAGGCGGACCCCCUGCCGGCUUCCAACCCCCCUGGCUUCCAGCCUCCUGGACAGGGACGUGGCUACCCUCCUCCUGGAUUUGGUGGCAGGUAAUCGGACUUGUGUACAGAGAAAUUUCCUACGCUUCAUAUCAUCGGCGAUCUGAUUUCAACUGGCAAAAAGCAAGCACCACUCAGCGCUGA